GACAAUCGUUCCAGGAGAACGUCGCCAGCAUUCAGAUAGAUCAUCCCUUUCUACCGAUUCGUCCUUAUCAAAGUACAAUCAGAGGAAAAGUCGAACCGGAACUAUUUUGAUCAAAGUUGAACACGGAUCAUCGAAUCUGCUUUCAAGGUAUCAUUACAAUACAUCUAAUACAUCACACCAAUCACAAUGAACGCACAGCAGACAUCCUCUACGCUAAAUUCAGCGCCUCCAGGCCAAGGCUCACUACCGAAUGGAGGUGGAGAUAUUCCCGGAAGACCGCAUAUAGAUUUACAAAAGAAGUUGAUUAUGGUAGGAGAUGGAGGGGUAGGAAAAACGGCACUUUUGAUCACAUAUGCAGAAAACAGAUUUCCCGAACAAUAUAUCCCAACAGUAUUUGAAAAUUACGUUCCAAUCAUUCGAUUUGAAGGAAAGACGAUCGAAUUGGCACUUUGGGAUACGGCAGGACAAGAAGAAUACGAUCGAUUAAGACCGUUGAGUUAUCCGGAAACAGAUGUUAUCUUGAUCGGAUUUGCGAUCGAUUAUCCAGUCAGUUUGGCAAACGUACAGGAUAAGUGGUAUCCAGAAGUAAAUCACUUUUGUGAAGGCGUUCCGAUCAUUUUGGUUGGAUUGAAAACAGAUUUACGAUCGGAUAAACACGGUUUGGCAAUGUUGGCCGCUCAAGGUACAAAACCAGUUUCACCCGAACAAGGACAGGCAGUCGCAAAAGAAAUCGGAGCAAGACAUUACGUCGAAUGCAGUGCAAAGAAUCGAGAUGGUGUACAAGAAGUGUUUGAUACUGCCUUACGUGAAGCAUGCAGAAAGAGAUGGAACAAGAAAAGAAUAGGGCAAAAGAAGUGCCUAGUGCUAUGAUGAACAAAAAAAAGAUAUCUUCAUUCAACUUUUUCUCUUCCUCUUCUUUUACAGUAAAUUAAGAUCAAUCGCUCUGCAUCUGCACAUUUGUACUAAUUCUCACCAAC